UGCCAUCACAUGGCUUUGCUUCAAUUUCCAGCUGUGCUAUUUGAUUUCAAUGCACUAUAUAAUCAAUUCAUUAAGAUUGCCUUAGUUCUACCAUCACACUCACAUCUCAAAUUCUUCCAUUUAUUCGAACCUUUUUGAUUCAGAUUAUUAACUAACAAGAUGAUCAGUGCCAAGAAUCUCCUCAAGUUGGCAAAGAAAUGGCAGAAACUCGCGGCUAUUAGCCGAAAGCGGAUCACAUCACCUCAAACUAUAGAUGCAAGUAGUUCUUGCAGCACUUCAUCACAAGCGGAAAAGGGUUACUUUGUGGUCUAUUCUGCCGAUCAGAAACGUUUCUUGUUGCCUUUGGAGUAUCUCAACAACGAACUAGUUCGAGAGCUAUUCGACAUGGCAGAAGACGAGUUUGGAUUGCCUAGCGACGGGCCUCUUACUUUACCAUGUGAUGCGGAGGUUAUGGAAUAUGCAAUCUGUUUGAUUAAACAAAAGGCGGCAAGGGACGUACAACAAGCCUUGUUGACUUCUAUAGCAAGCAAUUACUUUUCAUCAUCGUUACAUCAAUCAAGAACCCGUCUAUUAUCAAUUUGUAGCUUCUGAAAAGAUACAAUUACAUUUAUACAUAUAGAUAUAGAUAUACCGUUACAUUUGUAGAGAUAAAUUUAUUUAGAAAUACGGGUUAGGAUUCAUAUCAAACUGUUAUUAUUCAAAAUGUUAUU